CGUCGAUAAAGUUAAAUGCUGAGCAGCACUAUCGCUUUUGAACGUAACCCUUUGACGUAACCUAAAAUGUCAAUGUCAACUUGUCAUUUUUUGCUUUGUUAUUUGAGGUUAAAACAAAAGUUCAAAUAUCAUUUUCCGUUCUUGGUAUGUACAUUGUGAUAAUUCUUCAGUUAUGGAUGCAGAUAACUGUAUCUCACGAAAUACAUCUAAAAAACGAUUACUGGAAUCGGACUCUGACUUAGAGUUGGACUGCUGUAGUGACUCUGACUGCAGUAUACCGAAAAAAUGCUUAAAAAAAAUGAAUACAAAGCAAACAAAACGAAGGCAAAAGUACAAAAGUCUGUGGGAAAAAGAACAUGGUGCUUGGUUAACCAAUGACCCUCAAAAUGAAUAUAAUGCGAAAUGCAAAUUAUGCGGAGUGAUUUUCGCUAUUGCUUCAGCUGGAAUAGGACAGGGUAAGCAACACCUGCAAACAAAACAGCAUAAAUCGAAAUCUGAGAUGAAAAAAUCCAGUGGACUGCUUGAAAAAUUUAUUGGGCCUGCUUCUGCUUCCACUUCGUCUCAAGGUUCAUUUUACAGUGACAAAGACAAUGUUACAGCUGCUGAGCUAGCCUUAACAUAUCACACUGUUAAGCAUAAUUUGUCCUACAAUAGUAUGGACUGCACAGUUAAGUUAAAUAAAAUUAUAUAUGUUAAUUCAAGCACAGCCACAAGUAUUCGUCUAGCUAGGACCAAAAUGGAAGCAAUAGUUACAGAGGUGUUGGGUCCAUAUGCUUUACAAAAUAUUUGCCGACUGCGUUCGGCGGCUGGGGCGCUGGCGCGGCGCAACGUGCACCCCGGACCACGACUCGAGAGUAGAGCGAGAGCAGACCGCAGCUGCGGAGCGCCGUCAAAGGGCGGUACAAAACAUGGCGCAACUGCGCUUGUAUCAGCGCCUCGCUCUGCCGGAGCUCCGCGUGGAGCCGCGGCGCAAUGGCGCGAGAUAGUGGCUGCCCGAGAAAGAGAAAGCCUCCACCGCCGCGCCUUAAAUUAA